GAGUGUGUUUGUGUGUGUGUGUGUGUGUGUGUGUGUGUGUGUGUGUGUGUAUGUAUAUGUGUUCGUGGGGCACCGUCUCAGCCCCGGGAAGAUGGUGGCGGCGGCGGCGGCGACUGAGGCGAGGCUGAGGAGGAGGACGGUGGCGACGCCAGCGCCCGGGAGCAGGAACAGCAGGCAGUGCCGGGACUGGGACGCGACCAGGGCUGGGAGGCCAGGGCUGGGGACCCGGCUGCGCCUCCCACGGCGGCGGCGGCGGCUGCUGCUGUUGCUGCUGCUCCCGCUGCUGCUGCUGCUUCCCUGGGCGGCUGAGGCCGCGGCGGCAGCGACGGCGGUGUCGGGCUCAGCCUCAGCAGAGGCCAAGGAAUGCGACCGGCCCUGUGUCAACGGCGGCCGCUGCAAUCCUGGCACUGGCCAGUGCGUCUGCCCCGCCGGCUGGGUGGGCGAGCAAUGCCAGCACUGCGGGGGCCGCUUCAGACUAACUGGAUCUUCUGGGUUUAUAACAGAUGGACCUGGAAAUUAUAAAUAUAAAACAAAGUGCACAUGGCUCAUUGAAGGACAGCCAAAUAGAAUAAUGAGACUUCGUUUCAAUCAUUUUGCUACAGAGUGUAGUUGGGACCAUUUAUAUGUUUAUGAUGGGGACUCAAUUUACGCACCUCUAGUUGCUGCCUUUAGUGGCCUCAUUGUUCCUGAGAGAGAUGGCAACGAGACUGUCCCAGAGGUCGUUGCCACAUCAGGUUAUGCCCUGCUGCAUUUUUUUAGUGAUGCUGCUUAUAAUUUGACUGGAUUUAAUAUCACUUACAAUUUUGACAUGUGUCCGAAUAAUUGCUCAGGCCGAGGAGAAUGUAAGAUCAGUAAUAGCAGCAACACUGUUCAAUGUGAAUGUUCUGAAAACUGGAAAGGUGAAGCAUGUGACAUCCCUCACUGUGUAAAUAACUGUGGUUUUCCUCAUCGAGGCAUCUGCAAUUCAAGUGAUGUCAGAGGAUGCUCCUGCUUCUCAGAGUGGCAGGGUCCUGGAUGUUCAGUUCCUGUACCAGCUAACCAGUCAUUUUGGACACAAGAGGAAUAUUCUAACCUAAAGCUCCCCAGAGCCUCUCACAAAGCUGUGGUCAAUGGAAAUAUAAUGUGGGUUGUUGGAGGAUAUAUGUUCAACCACUCAGAUUACAACAUGGUUCUAGCGUAUGACCUUGCUUCUAGGGAGUGGCUUGCACUGAACCGUUCUGUGAACAAUGUGGUUGUUAGAUAUGGUCAUUCUUUAGCAUUAUACAAGGAUAAAAUUUACAUGUACGGAGGAAAAAUUGAUUCAACAGGGAAUGUGACCAAUGAGUUGAGAGUGUUUCAUAUUCAUAAUGAAUCAUGGGUAUUGUUGUCCCCUAAAGCAAAGGAGCAGUAUGCAGUGGUUGGGCACUCAGCACACAUUGUCACAUUGAAAACUGGCCAAGUGGUCAUGCUGAUUAUCUUUGGUCACUGCCCUCUCUAUGGAUAUAUUAGCAAUGUGCAGGAGUAUGACUUGGGUAAGAACACAUGGAGUAUAUUACAUACCCAGGGUGCCCUUGUCCAAGGGGGCUAUGGCCAUAGCAGUGUCUAUGACCACAGGACCAGGUCCCUGUAUAUUCAUGGAGGCUACAAGGCUUUCAGUGCCAAUAAAUACCGGCUUGCAGAUGAUCUCUACAGAUACAAUGUGGACACCCAGAUGUGGACUAUUCUUAAGGACAGCCGAUUUUUCCGUUACUUGCACACAGCUGUGAUAGUGAGUGGAACCAUGCUGGUGUUUGGAGGAAACACACACAAUGACACAUCCAUGAGCCAUGGAGCCAAAUGCUUCUCUUCAGAUUUCAUGGCUUACGACAUUGCUUGUGACCGAUGGUCAGUGCUUCCCAGACCUGAUCUCCACCAUGAUGUCAACAGAUUUGGCCAUUCAGCAGUCUUAUAUAACAGCACCAUGUAUGUAUUUGGUGGUUUCAAUAGUCUCCUCCUCAGUGACAUCCUGGUAUUUACUUCAGAACAGUGUGAAGCACACCAGAGUGAAGCUGCUUGUCUAGCAGCAGGACCUGGCAUCCGGUGUGUGUGGGACACAGGGUCAUCUCAGUGUGUCUCCUGGGAGUUGGCGACUGAAGCACAAGAAGAAAAGUUAAAAUCAGAGUGUUUUUCUAAAGGAACUCUUGACCAUGACAGAUGUGACCAACACACGGAUUGUUACAGCUGCACGGCCAACACAAAUGACUGCCACUGGUGCCAUGACCAUUGUGUCCCUAUGAACCACAGCUGCACAGAAGGCCAGAUCUCCAUUUCCAGGUACGAUCAUUGCCCCAAGGAUAAUCCCAUGUACUACUGUAACAAGAAGACCAGCUGCAGGAGCUGUGCCCUGGACCAGAACUGCCAGUGGGAGCCUCGGAAUCAGGAGUGCAUCGCCCUGCCUGAAAAUAUCUGUGGCAUUGGCUGGCAUUUGGUUGGAAACUCAUGUCUGAAAAUUACUACUGCCAAAGAGAAUUAUGACAAUGCAAAAUUGUCCUGUAGGAACCACAAUGCCUUUUUGGCUUCUCUUACAACCCAGAAGAAGGUGGAAUUUGUCCUUAAGCAGCUGCGAAUCAUGCAGUCAUCGCAGAGCAUGUCCAAGCUCACCUUAACCCCGUGGGUUGGCCUUCGGAAGAUCAAUGUGUCCUACUGGUGCUGGGAAGAUAUGUCCCCAUUCACAAAUAGUUUGCUACAGUGGAUGCCAUCUGAGCCCAGUGAUGCUGGAUUCUGUGGAAUUUUGUCCGAACCCAGUACUUCGGGCUUAAAAGCUGCAACCUGCAUCAACCCACUCAAUGGUAGUGUCUGUGAAAGACCUGCGAACCACAGUGCCAAGCAGUGCCGGACACCGUGUGCCUUGCGGACGGCAUGUGGGGAGUGUACCAGCGGCAGCUCCGAGUGCAUGUGGUGCAGCAACAUGAAGCAGUGCGUGGACUCCAAUGCCUACGUGGCCUCCUUCCCUUUUGGCCAGUGUAUGGAGUGGUAUACCAUGAGCAGCUGCCCCCCUGAAAAUUGUUCAGGCUACUGUACCUGUAGUCACUGCUUGGAGCAACCAGGCUGUGGCUGGUGUACUGAUCCCAGCAAUACUGGCAAAGGGAAAUGCACAGAGGGCUCCUAUAAAGGACCAGUGAAAAUGCCUUCUCAGGCCCCUACAGGAAAUUCCUAUCCACAGCCCCUUCUCAAUUCCAGCAUGUGUCUGGAGGACAGCAGAUACAACUGGUCUUUCAUUCAUUGUCCAGCUUGCCAGUGCAAUGGCCACAGCAAAUGCAUUAAUCAGAGUAUCUGUGAGAAGUGUGAAAACCUGACCACGGGCAAGCAUUGUGAGACCUGCAUAUCUGGCUUCUAUGGUGAUCCGACCAAUGGGGGAAAAUGUCAACCAUGCAAGUGCAAUGGGCACGCGUCGCUGUGCAAUACCAACACGGGCAAGUGCUUCUGCACCACCAAGGGUGUCAAGGGCGACGAGUGCCAGCUAUGUGAAGUAGAAAAUCGAUACCAAGGAAACCCUCUCAAAGGAACAUGUUACUAUACUCUUCUUAUUGACUAUCAGUUCACCUUUAGCCUAUCCCAGGAAGAUGACCGCUAUUACACAGCCAUCAAUUUUGUGGCUACACCUGAUGAACAAAAUAGGGAUUUGGACAUGUUCAUCAAUGCCUCCAAAAACUUCAACCUCAACAUCACCUGGGCUGCCAGCUUCUCAGCUGGAACCCAGGCUGGAGAAGAGAUGCCUGUUGUUUCAAAAACAAACAUUAAGGAGUACAAAGAUAGUUUCUCUAAUGAGAAGUUUGAUUUUCGCAACCACCCAAAUAUCACUUUCUUUGUUUAUGUCAGUAAUUUCACCUGGCCCAUCAAAAUUCAGAUUGCCUUCUCCCAGCACAGCAAUUUUAUGGACCUGGUACAGUUCUUCGUGACCUUCUUCAGAACCCAGCCUGUCUGCUCUAUGAAGUCUUCUUCUGGCACAUUCACCCCAUAGUCCACCUCUUCUUGGACUCCACCCUACCCAUGUUUUUAUUAUACACAUAAUCAUGCUUUAAUGCAGUUAUUUAACAGUCUAGCGCUUAAGGGCAGCCCAUAUACAAAUGAACCUGUAAUUUGACAUGCGAAGAUGAACAGGGCUAAUUAGAGGCCUCUCCUACAAGUUUUAAAUUGGGUUCUGAGAGCCUGAAACAGUUCUUGUAUGACUCUCAGCACUAACUAUACUUUAGAAUUCACCUGAGAAGCUUAAAAAAGAAGCAGCAGCCUGGGCCCUGCCCCGAGAGAUGCUGAUUUAAUUGGUGUGGUAUGGGACCUUAUCAUCAUGGUAUUUUAAAGGCUCUCCAGUGAUUCUUAUGUUCAGCUGGCAUUAAAAACCCCUGAGUUAGCUGAAAGUUGUGUGGAUUCAGGGGCUGGGGCAGUAUUACAUCCAUCAGCAUGCAAGCUAAAGCAUAGAAGGUCAGAUGGAAAAGAAGAUCAUUAAGUACUGAGAGGAUGUGAGCAUGGCUUCAGCUGACAGCUUCGUGAUUCCCGUUCCUGCAAGAGCAGGCGGCUUUAGGGCUCUGAGAGAGCCCUGUAAUUAUUCCCCCACCACCAGCCAGUGACCACCACCUGGGUAGAGGUUAUCUGGAAUUUAAAUUCUAGACUGUAAUUAUUUUACAUAAUAUAGGAACAGUUUUUUUAAGUUCUACUGGUUUUUUUCUUGCACCAUUGAAUGUGUCCCAUGUCCUGUCCUUUGUUGGAUGUUGUUGUUAUGCAGAACUAUAUCCUAGAGUCAUUCUCUCAGAAAAGACCUGAGAAAGAAUUUGAUACUUGGGGAAGACCUUUUAUAAAGUCUGAAGACUGGAGUCUUGAGUUUUGCAACAUUGUCUUCUAUUUCUUUGUUUCCUCACCUUUAAUUCUAUUUGCUUGCAUUCUGGACUUCUCUAGUAGAUGAAUGAGUACAGCUCUGGAUCUGUCCUCCAUAUUUCUUAACUGAACUCUCAUUUCUUUUUCAUUUUCCUUUCCACUACAUUCUUGGUGAGCUCCUCAACUCAUUAAUUUAGUCUAGUGUUGGGUCCAUUUCUUUUACUGAGUCAUCUGAUUAGGUUUUUUUUAUUUUAACAUUUGCAUUUUAUUUCUAAUAUAUGUUCCUUGUAGCCUGUUUCAAUUUUAUGAAUGCAAUUUACUUUCAUAUUCCUUUGUGAGAUUAAUAAAUGUUAUUAUUUUA